AUGGCGAGAAAACGAAAAUCUGCCGACACGGCGUCCAAUCGUCCUGCAAAGCAACAGAAACCGGCCAAUCAUGACUCCGGCCGCCAGCAGGAUCUUUUGUCCUCCGUCCACCAUGCUGUGCUGUCAUCCUACUAUCCAAGAGUUUGCACGCUGAGAAGUUACCUUCUGGCAGCCUUGCCUGUCACGUCUCGUGUUCGAAGACAAAAACUGUCAGUGUUUGGAAAGGGCAAUGCCACUGCCUUUCUUGACACCUGCCUGGUUGGCGUUCUCAAAGGCACUUCGGCUUCUGUCAAGGAAUCGCGAAAAAUCGACUUUGCUACCUUCACUCAGAGCCAAUCCCGUGCAACUGGCGCUUGCACAGGCCGAGCGCAGCCUUUUUGCAUAGACGAGAUAGUCGACUUCGUCAUUUGGUCGCUCUUCAAAGAUAACUUUGCGCAAAGGGUUCGACCUCACCACAUUCUUUGCCAUGGUCUCCAAAGAGGCAGACCUCCGGAUCAUGAGUAUCAGCGUGGGGAAUCGGCAACUUUUUUGCCUGGAAUUGUCCGAAAACAUCCUAACGAGAAUCUAAUGGCUUUGAAAUCCUCCCCUUGGUCUGAUAUCAUAUCUUUGUUGGGGGUAGAUGGUGAGGUGAUUUUCUCAAGUUUGCUCCUAGAUUGUGGCCUCUUCAUACGGAUAGAGAGUGGGACGGACAACUAUUUCCAAUUGAGCGGCAUUCCAAUCUCCGAGCUGCCUCGGAUUCAAACCGCUCGUCCAAGGGAAGCUGUUUUGCCAAAUAGACGAGAUACCCAAAGCUUGAAUCUCGGGAACAUACGUUUCGUGAGAAACCGCAUAUUAUAUGCUAGACCGUUGUCUAACGCCGUCGGCAAGGUCAAGUUCGGACUUCACCAUACUCAUAUUCUGCAAAGAUUGCCGGAUGCAAGGCAACAGCAUCUAGCGGUCCAUCUUUUGAAGUACGUCUUCCCACGUCAAUUCAAUCUACACAAUGCUUUCACCUCACUGGUUCAUUCAAGCGAGACGGCACAUCAGUUCAAGGACUACACAGUCCGCGAACAGGAAAUCAUCAGGCUGAGAAAGAAAUCCUUGACGUGGGCUCCGCGUCGCCUUCGUGGCCAGCCCAUGCAGCUUGUGCAGAAGAUUCAUCAGAAUCACAGAUCAUGCUCCUACAGCCAGCUUCUGAGACAUUACUGCCCUCUUGGUUCUACGGGUUGCGAAGAUUGUGCUGUUCAGAGCGACGAAACACCUUCGUUUAUGCGGGGCUUGGAACUGUUCGCCACACAGAUCGUACCAUCUGAGGGGCCUCAAACGGAUGCGGACUUGGUUUCCAACGGCAAUGAUGGUGAUUCUUCAUUCCUGCAACAUUCAACUCCUGUGGCUAGAGUAUCGGCAUUUUGUCGCUCUGUCAUCUCCCAUCUGCUCCCACGCCACGCAUUUGGGAGCGGUCUAGAAGGUGAAGUGAAUCAUGGCGUGAUGAUGAAGAAAAUCGAUGAAUUUAUUCGAAUGCGCCGAUUCGAGAGCAUGAGCUUGCAUCAAGCUGUCCAAGGAAUCCACAUAACAUCGAUUGCAUGGCUUUCGAGACCGAAAAGCCUCCAUAGGAAAAUGUCCAGGUCCGAAUUCACAAAGCGGCUCGAGAUCUUUCACGAGUUUAUCUACUAUCUUUUCGACUCUUUGCUCAUACCGGUCAUUCGAGCGCACUUUUACGUUACCGAGAGUUCUACUCACCGCCAUCGGUUAUUCUACUUUCGGCAGGAUAUAUGGCGCAAACUCUCUGAGCCUAGCCUUGCAACGUUGAAGUUGACCAUGUAUGCUCCCAUCAGACCCGGCGAAGCUCGGCUCAAGCUACGAUCUCGUGCCUUGGGAUACAGCCACCUUCGACUCCUGCCUAAAGACCAAGGUGUCAGACCCAUUACGAAUUUAAGGCGGAGGCAACCGAAGCUGGAUUCUGGGAAAAGACUCCUAGGAGACAGUAUCAACACCCUGCUUGCUCCUGUCUUCAGUGUGCUCAACUUUGAACGAGGACGCAAUUCUGCGCCAUUAGGCUCUGCCUUAUUAUCAGUUGGCGAUAUUCAUGAAAAGGUGGCAGAAUUCAAGAAGGCAGUUCGCUUGGGAGCUCGCCUUUUUUUUGCCAAGGUGGAUAUCAAAUCGUGCUUCGACACCAUCCCACAAGAGCCUCUGCUGCAAAUGGUCAACUCCCUGUUUAUGGAAACAUCGUACCGGACAACAAAGCAUCUUGAAGUCAAAUCGAGGGAUACUAGACAGCAAAUGGGUCAAGAAGGUCUAACGCGCCGAUUCGCUAGUAUAGCCCGCCCAGCUGAUAAUCGCGCUGUGCUCUCGGAAAAUUCAGUUUCCAAUAUAGCAUCCAAGAAGGGUCAUGUCGUGUUUGCGGACACCGGGAAUAACAGAGUAUGGAGUCGAGAGUCGUUGCUGAGACUUCUUCGAAUUCACGUGGGAGACAGCAUGGUCAAGAUCGGCAAAAAGUACAUGAAGCAGAUUGACGGCAUCCCUCAAGGUUCAGUUCUCAGCGGUCUUCUGUGCAGCUACUUUUACGGAGCGUUCGAGCAGAAUGAAUUAGGCUUUUUGGCGCCGGAGUCGUGCUUGCUAUUGCGGCUCAUUGACGAUUUCUUGUUGGUCACGACAGAUGACAAGCUUGCUCGACGAUUUCUGGAAGUCAUGGCCAGUGGUGGCCAGGACUACGGGAUCCAGGUCAACGCCGAAAAGUCGCUGGUCAACUUCGAUGUGACCAUUAACGGUCAGAAAGCGCCACGAGUACACGGCAGUACCUUCUUCCCAUACUGUGGAAUUGGCAUCAAUAUGGAGACCUUGGAGUUGAAAAAGGACAGAGCGAAGAAGGAUGCAUUUGUCAGCAAUGCUCUAACCGUGGAGAGCUGUUCGAGACCAGGAAUGACCUUCAGAAGGAAAAUAUUGACGUCUCUCAAGCUGCAGAUGCAUUCGAUGUUGCUGGACAUGUCGCUGAACAGCCGGAGCCAAGUCGUCUCGACAUUGCUUGGGAACUUCACCGAAUCAGCAAUGAAGAUGCACCAAUAUGUAACAGGAUUGGCAGCAAGAAGACCACCAUCGCAGAAGUUACUUCGAAGCCUGAUUGAAGAUCUUGUGUCGGCAGGAAACAAGAUCUGCUGUGUGAAGAAUGGCGACAAUCCGCAGGUCAAGCAAAUCAGCCGGAGGCAAAUGUGCUGGAUUGCAGCGGCGGCAUUUGAAAGGGUUCUUCAGUGCAAACAGAGCCAGUACAAGGAUCUGCUCAUUUGGCUGAGGUCCUUGCGAGAAAGCACACAGGCCAGGAUGAACAUGGAACAGGCGGCCAUUGCACGACUUCUCCAAGAAAACGAGAGCGCGUUUCGCAAUUAUGUUUUUUGA